CCAAACCCAUUUCUUUCUUCCAUCGUUCCAGCAACUCCAAAAGCCUAUCAAACACCUAUACACGUCUACUCUAAGAAUGGCUACCUCUACAAUGGCUCUCUCCUCCCCUUCAUUAGCCGGCAAGGCGGUGAAGCUCGGCCCCUCUGCCCCUGAGCUCAUGGGCAACGGCCGUGUUACAAUGAGGAAAACCGCCUCCAAGAAUGUUUCCUCUGGCAGCCCAUGGUACGGCCCAGACCGUGUUAAGUACUUGGGACCAUUCUCUGGUGAGCCCCCAUCCUACUUGACCGGUGAGUUCCCUGGUGACUAUGGCUGGGACACUGCUGGGCUUUCUGCUGAUCCAGAGACCUUUGCUAAGAACCGUGAGCUAGAAGUGAUCCACUGCAGAUGGGCUAUGCUUGGAGCUCUCGGAUGCGUCUUCCCUGAGCUCUUGGCUCGCAACGGUGUCAAAUUCGGCGAGGCUGUGUGGUUCAAGGCCGGAGCUCAAAUCUUCAGUGAGGGUGGUCUUGACUACUUGGGUAACCCAAGCUUGAUCCAUGCUCAAAGUAUCUUGGCUAUUUGGGCUUGCCAGGUAGUGUUGAUGGGUGCUGUUGAGGGUUACAGAGUUGCCGGUGGACCUCUCGGUGAGGUAACAGACCCAAUCUACCCAGGUGGAAGCUUUGACCCAUUGGGUUUAGCUGAUGACCCGGAAGCAUUUGCUGAGCUUAAGGUAAAGGAAAUCAAGAAUGGUAGAUUGGCUAUGUUCUCUAUGUUUGGAUUCUUUGUUCAAGCCAUUGUGACUGGAAAGGGUCCAUUGGAGAACUUGGCUGACCACUUGGCUGACCCAGUCAACAACAACGCCUGGGCUUAUGCCACAAACUUCGUCCCCGGAAAGUGAGCAAUUGUGUGUUCGAUUUCAGUAAUGGAACUGUAUGAUGUAAAUUUGUUGUCGACUAAUGAAAGCAUGAUGUGAAUUUUGCGUGCCAAAAUGCGUGAUUUAUCUUGCAAAAGUAAGGGAUAAUGAAAAUUAGGCCUGAAUUUGGAAAUAAUAUAUUAUUUGUUCAAAAA